AUGAGUUUUAACGGCUCUGACAUCUCAGUAGAAGAAGUAAAGAGCGAAAUACUAAAGAAGAACCGUUUCGGUAAAAGCAACGAUUUUGAACUUCAAUUAAUCAACGCCGAUACGGGAAAAGUGUUUGGGGAUGAUAAAGCAAUGAUUUUGAAAAAUACCAGUGUGUUGUAUGCAAGGAUACCGAGAGUUCUGAAGAAACGAACACCAAAAACUUGUAACAAAAACAAAGUUCCUCAAAACAAAACUGAUUCAAAUAAAUACGUAAAUCCAGAUUUUUCUUUGUUGAAAAACGAUGCAGAGAAGAUUGAUGCGAUGAUGCACCAAAGCACAGUAGAUUACAAUGCUGUGAAUUACCCAACUGAGGUAGUAAACAAAAAGAUGCCUCAACAUUACGUUUGCCUAAAUGUCAUAUACCAGGACAUUAUAUUGGAGAUUGUCCUUUAG